UCGAGGGCAGCGGGUAGAGGCGUUUUUCUCUGGCCACUGAGUAAGCAGAGAAAGUCCGCGGCGCAUGGCUGGAACUGUGCAUCGUGCCCAAAUUGCGCACUUUUAUUGCUACUUCCGAAAUCCUAGGCAGACUUCUCCAGGGAACCCCGCACUGGAAUUUAUGCCAAGUAGAUGUGCACAUGACCUGCACGGUGACCUGGGGAUGCUUUGAUCUUUGUGGGGGGUUGGGGGGGGUUCUUUCCUUCUUUCUCAGACCCUGAGCCUCAGCGAUUGCCUGGAGGCCGAUCCUCCACGCCACAUCACGUCGCCCAACGCCUCUUUCGCUUCUUCCCCAGAAAGUCCCAGCCUCCUGGAAACUUCGCUCGCAGUGCUAUAGGUCGCCCCGUUGUUAAGUGGGCGGUUUUGAUUCUGUCGGCCCACUUGGCAGAAAAUUACAGGUUACUCGGAGACUGUGGCUUCCAACUGAAGCGUAUCGGUUCAGUUGGAAUAGGCAGUUCCUCGGCGCAGGUUCAACACCGGGAAAAAUCAAGUGCGUUGGUUUUGAGCUGUAGUUGCGCUAUUGCGCAAACAUGAGUUUUGCUCACAUGCAAAACCUUGGCUGAUCCUCUUGAGUGCCUGGGGUUGCAGGCUUUAUAUCUGGUUAACUCUGUAUGAUUGGUACUUUAAAGCAGCAUCCUUAAUGAGAAAAGAAUUUUCCACUUUGUCCUCCUCCUUUUCCUGGGAAUAUUUCCCCCUUAAUCUGUCCCUGGCAUAUUACAAUUCUCCUGUACCAAAGACGCAACGCAUUGUUUCUUUUUAAGGAGCAAAAGAACUCAGUACCGUUGCCAGGAGAUCGAGGAGAAAAGGGACUCCUUGGUGUUCCAUAAAGAAGGAUGGAAAAUAUGUACGAUGUGCACUCAUUCAUCUGGGCUGGGUUUGCACAUUGCACUGAGCCCUAAGGUAGUUGAUUUGACUUAGCUUAUGCAUUCAGCCAGUGGUUUAUGUAACGUUAAGAUAAUCAAGAUGCUCUAGGUCUAGGCCAUAUGAGCCCAAUCAGUAUCCCUUUCAUUUUUGUACAGUCACUGGGGAUAGAAAUAAAGAUUGACUCAUCAUUUUAAGGAGGCUUAAUAUACAUCUGAAAUGCUAACUAGAUUUUUGUGUGCCUAUCAUAAGGAAAAAGAGACCAGUUUUUUUCCUUUUCUGAUGUGCAAAAUGGGUCUUACUUCCAACCACAGGAUCUCCCACUGUUGGAUUUUAAUUUAAUGAAAACCUACUAGCCCAUGGACUAUUUAAGAGUGAAAUAUGCUGGUGAUUUACUUGACAAGAGACAGCUCUAAAUUUAAUUGUUUCUUUUAGUUGGAACUGAUAAAAGUCCCCAGCUCUGAAGUCCUAUAAUGUCUGAUGUCAGAUUAGAAUACCUUCAAAACUUUCAGAUAUAUUGGAUUAUAAAUCCACAAUCCAGAUGAACUAGAUAACAAGAGUCUUACUCAAUUCAUCCUUAUACUGUUUUUAUAUAAUUAGAAGGAAGAACUGGCAUAGGGAAGUGGUUGAAAUGUUUGACUUUUUCCAGAGAUGCUGAGAAUCAAGUCUGCCUUCUCCCAAUGGUUCUCACCAAUACCUUCAGAGACUGAUUUAAAGGAUUUAAAAAGGGGUGGAAUCCUUAUGUGCAUUACAUCCAAGAUGCAAGUAUAUCACAUAAUAAUGAACAAUUUGAAUAAGCAACUGACAAAGUGGAGGAGGUGCAUAUCUCCAUACUUAGUCCAUUUUCAACUGGAGUAUGUCAGCAUCAUUUGAACAUUCUGAGGGGCAUCUAUUAGUUUGACUGGAAUGAUGUUAUGAAGCUUGAAGAUAACAAGCAUUAAGAAAUGUUUCAUGAUUGAUUCUUAGUUUAGACAGGCUUGUUCCGGCCAUGAAUUGUUUUCUGCCAUGCCUGUUUAACCUGCCUGUAAGACCUUUCAGCUGCUUGACCAAACCCAGUUGUUGCCACAAAGAACCUGUGAAAAUCCUUUUGGAAGUGCCAUCAUGCACAUGGCAUGACAUAUGGUAACCUUAUGUUACAGGAAUUAAGUCCCAAACAUGGAAAAUCACCCUCAGUGGGACUCUUUUUCUUGGGUUGUUGUUGACCAAUUAAAUUCAGCCACAAAUUUUAGAUCUUUCCCUAAGAAAAAUAUCCUUACUAGUACUACUAGUAACUGGGAGAUAAAUAGAAGGAUGGGGGAAAUAAUGAAUAAUAAUAAUGAAAAGCAAUUUUUGAACACAUAUUUUUAAAAUGUUAAUUUGUCUGAGUAUUCUGACCUGGUGUCUUGCUUUCCUAUACCAGUAUAACUGGCAUUUGCUAGGAAUAGGAAUUAAAAACCACAGCCCUGCAUAUGAGCCCUGAAGAUUUUUGGUAGCUUCAAGAAGAGGAAUUUAGGAUAAGAGGAAUUUAGAUUACCCUCUUCUAUUCUUUCUUGAAGAGUUGGAUCCUAACUCUGCUCAACCAAUUUCCCCAGUCCUGUGAGUCUUGAGUUAAGAACCCCCAAAACCCUGUCCUGUUAGAGAACAGCUCACCUGAUUGGCAGAAAUUUUAACCUGGGAAAUAAGUUCACAUUACAGUGGGACAGUUAUGGUCACUGAGCUUUUUCUCUCAACACCAGGAAGUCUGAAAACUCUGUUGAAGUUUUGGCUGAUUCCUGGUUUGUGUAUGGUAAGGAACCAAGGGAAUUUGCAAGAUAUACACACUGUUGUUAGUGCACAGUGUAAAGGAAACUUGUUUUUUUUUUAGACUAAACCAGAAGAAAAACUAACCUAUGGGAUUUCAGCUGUUGACUAAAGCAAAAGGAAAAUUUCUUCAUUUAUUAUUAGGGUUUAUUGGCUUCAAAGACAAUGUGGUGAGAAAGUGAGAGUUUGAGAAAUCUCCCCUUCUAGAGUCUACUGGUAACAUUGGAAAAAGAGUCCAAAUGCCUAUUUAUCUCUAUUCAAAAUAUAUUUGUAAUUAUCUCCAUGUAUGCUACAAAUAGGGGGUGAUGUUUGACCUUCCUUCACUAGGAAGAGUGUAGGAAGAGAGACAUGUUAGCUUGUGGUAACCAAAAUCUGACCAAAAGAUGCUAUUCAACUUGGUUACAGUAUUAUUCACUAAGCAGUAGAUGGGAUGCUGAGAAUUAAGGAUUUCUUAUUGAGAGGAGGGAGGAGGGGCAUAGACAAUAUUUUUUUUAAAAAAAUAAUUCCUACUACUUUAUAGAAUAAUAGCUUAUCAAAACUAAGUGAAAGGAGGGUGGGUCAUGCUAAGCUAGCAUGGUAUACUGCAGAAGUGUUGAAUAGGAAUGGAUGAUUUGGGGCCAGUCACUCUCAGCCCAAGUGACAUUUUUGUGAGAACUUUUGAGAAAGAGAGUUCUAUUCUAUUCUAUUCUAUUCUAUUCUAUUCUAUUCUAUUCUAUUCUAUUCUAUUCUAUUCUAUUCUAUUCUAUUCGCCCUUUCAGCAGCUGGAAGAAAGGGAAGGUAUAAACUUAACAAACAAAAGCACAUUUGUACUAUAUGUAAUUUGACAAUUACAAAUUUAAGGGAAGUUAAAUCUCAGUUGAGCUGAAAGCGAUUAUAGAGUGGAAGCCUGGUCUACUAGAAGUAGUGCAGGUCGAGCAUUCUCGGUCUUGGGAACCGUGGCUGUCUUAGGGAACACGAUAUUAGCGAAGGCAGAACAUCGACCAGACGAUGCAAACCUCUGUUUUUUCAUCAAAUUCUCGCGUGGAAAAAUUAUUUGCCCAAACACACCGCAAGAUAUUGCUCCUUUAAAACGUCUGCUUUAUGAGAAAUGGAGUCAGUUGGAAGACUGAGCAACUUAAUUGUGGAGACCACAACCAGAGGGAUUCUUGACGCACUUUUGAGUGGAAUGGAGCCUUUCAGGAACACAAAGCUUGCCUUCUCCGGGACUUAACCCGAAAGAAGAUGGGUGAAGAUGCCCUCACCCUGUCUUGAGCCUCGUCUUAAGAAGGGAGUGCAGCUAGCAAGGCGUGCGCGCGGCGCCUCCAACCAGCCUGGGAGGAUUCGGGGCGACCGCUGCCGUUGCAACAAGUCUCCAUCGCCCCGCGCGCAUCUCUCGGACAGGGCCCGGCCCCAAGAGCAGCCGGCGGGCAGAACCGGUGUGCGGUGUCGCGAUGUCACAAUGAGGCGCAGGCCGCAGCCUCUCUCCCGCCCCUUUGAUGGCGCCUGCUUCCGUUUGGUUACCAAGGAGAAGGAUACACACCGCAGCCCAAACUGAAAAGGCUCCGAGGACAAGGAGAGCGCUGCUAACUGCAAGAGCCUUGUAGAAGUUUGGCCCGGGGGCGCUGCCCACAUCUCAGGAGAGAAGAGGCGAGGGGAAAGAGCGUGGCGAAAGAUCCUGAAAAUAUCGCGUAAGCCGGCACCCCAAACCGUACUUGGGGGAACUCUCAGCAAGAAGGAUGAGUCAGAGGCAGGUCCUGCAAGUCUUUGAGCAAUAUCAAAGAGCCCGAACACAAUUCGUCCAGACGGUUGCAGAACUUGCUACUAGGCCCCAAAAUAUAGAGACUCUCCAGAAUGCAGGUGUAAUGGCUCUAUUGAGACCACUCCUAUUGGAUGUUGUUCCAAAUAUUCAACAGACAGCUGCUUUGGCCCUUGGGAGACUUGCAAAUUACAACGAUGAUCUAGCAGAAGCUGUAGUUAAAGGCGAUAUUCUUCCCCAGCUUGUAUAUUCACUGGCUGAACAAAAUCGUUUUUAUAAGAAAGCAGCCGCAUUCGUAUUACGUGCAGUUGGAAAGCAUUCUCCUCAGCUUGCCCAGGCAAUAGUGGAUUGUGGAGCUCUGGAUACACUGGUAAUUUGCUUAGAAGAUUUUGACCCUGGGGUGAAGGAAGCAGCAUCCUGGGCCCUUGGUUAUAUAGCAAGACAUAAUUCAGAACUGUCACAGGCUGUGGUGGAUGCUGGAGCUAUUCCUCUCUUAGUCCUAUGUAUCCAAGAGCCAGAGAUUGCUCUGAGAAGGAUUGCUGCUUCAGCACUGAGUGAUGUCUCAAAGCAUUCUCCAGAGUUAGCACAGACUGUCGUUGAUGCUGGGGCCAUUGCUCACUUGGCACAGAUGAUCCUCAACCCUGAUGCCAAAUUAAAGCGUCAGGUGCUGUCAGCUCUUAGCCAGAUAGCAAAACACUCAGUGGAUCUGGCAGAAAUGGUGGUUGAAGCAGAAAUUUUUCCUGUUGUACUCACUUGCCUGAAGGAUUCUGAUGAAUAUGUCAAGAAAAAUGCCGCAACUCUAAUUAGAGAGAUAGCAAGACAUACUCCUGAGCUUUCACAACUUAUCGUAAAUGCUGGAGGAGUAGCUGCCAUCAUUGACUGCAUUGGUAGCUGCAAAGGAAAUGUUAGACUCCCAGGUAUUAUGAUGUUGGGCUACGUAGCUGCUCAUUCAGAAAACCUGGCCAUGGCAGUGAUUAUCUCUAAGGGAGUUCCACAGCUAGCUAUCUGCUUGUCAGAAGAGCCAGAAGAUCAUAUUAAGGCUGCAGCUGCUUGGUCAUUGGGACAGAUUGGGAGACAUACUCCAGAACAUGCCCGUGCUGUUGCUGUAGCCAGUGUCCUACCUGUAUUGCUUUCCUUGUAUAUGUCAACUGAAAGUUCAGAAGAUCUUCAGGUCAAAGCUAAGAAAGCCUUGAAGAAUAUUUUACAGAAGUGUACUCAUCUGUCAGCUCUUGAGCCCUUGCUACAUGAUGCUCCCCCCAAUAUCCUGAAACAUAUAGUUGGCCAGUUCAGCAAGGUUCUGCCACAUGAUUCCAAAGCCCGGCGUCUUUUUGUAACAAGUGGUGGUCUUAAAAAAGUUCAGGAGAUAAAAGCAGAAGCUGGCUCACUACUUCAAGAGUAUAUCAAUACAAUUAAUAAUUGUUAUCCAGAAGAAAUAGUCAGAUAUUACUCCCCUGGAUAUUCUGAAGCACUUCUGGAAAGGGUAGAAAAUUAUCACCCAGUUCUAUAAAUUUUUCAUCUUUAUAAGAAAGAGAGGAGGAAAAGCCUCUUUUUCUUAUCUUUGUUUCAGUGGCAAGCCAAUAUAGUUUGGCCAAGACUGGUGUGGGAAAUAUUUAACCUUCUGUUAUGUUACCAAUCAAUUAUGACAACAGGAAGACAUACCCUUUCCACCUUUGAUCCACAGUUGAUUUCUGGAACUCAUACUAAGAACAAAGACUGUCAUAUGCCUAUUUUAAGAGAACUGUGUUUCUCAGUAUCUUUGCAAGUCCAAGUACAGGGAGGCCAGGACUCUUUCUGGAUGCACCUGAGAUUUGCGAAAUAGCUUGUACCGUCAAAUUCUUCUUUGAGGGAGAAUUACAACAUUAUCCAGUAAGCACCAGAGUUAUACAAUUGUUCUUUUUGCUAAGGCUUGUGGUUCAGUCUAAGCAGAAAUUACCUAUUAUUCUUGUACUUCCACUUUCUUGAUUAUCUCCCCACUAUUGUCUCUUUCCUGGUACUUGCAGUAAACCAAUGAAUGUUUGACCUUUU